CCUAAAAAUUUUACUUAUUGUCAUAAAUCUUCCGUCAUAUGCAUUCAUGUGAAAGACAUUAACAAAAAAUUGGUUCAUUAAAUUUUUCGUACAUUCAAUCAUGUCGUUCGAAUACUACACUAACUGGUGGAUAAGAUCACGCAAAUCUUUGGACGAACUUAACCAAUAUGAUGAAAAUAUGGGUAAAAAGUUUAAGACCAUAAACGACAGAAGUCUAGCAAAUGAUCUUAUUGGAGGUUUAUACGCUAAAUAUUGCAUGAUGGUACAAGAUUUAUGCGCUUGUGUUGAUCAGUUGGCACAGCCACAAAAAAAAGUAGCAGUGAAGCGUUUGGUAGACUCAGCAUGUGUAAGAUUAAACGAACUAAAUGAUGAGUUAAGAAAAAUCAGUAUAUCUGAGUAUCAUUACAUCGAUGGAACUCUUGUUGAGCUCAAACUGAUACCUUACGACAUAGAAAUCCUUCAUCCAUGCCUGUUUCAUCACAGACCAGUAAAUGUCGAAGAUAUGAUACAAAGAAUAAAAAAUGGGGAGAAAAUAUUUGAAGUUGCUGUUCCUACCAUUGAGAUAUCCCUCCAGGAACUAAUUAAAGUAGCUAAGUCUGUAACGAUAGUAGAACCUGAUGAGCCUGUGCUCGAAGAACCUGGAGGGGAUGAGCAAAAAGAUUUAGCCCAAGGGUCUUCCGCUAAAAUAGCGAAACAUUCAGUGUUAGUUCGAGCUUCUGACACUAAUGUUAUAGUACCAGAAAGAACUCCAGAAGAACUAGAAAAACAACGUUUCGAAGAUGCUGUAAUGUUAAUACGAAAAGCAGAGAAAGCUAGACAAGAUCGAGUAUAUUUUUACGAAAAAUACCUGGAACUCAAGAGAAGAAAAGAGUUGCAACAAAUCGGGGCUCAGAGAAAAGAACCUGUUAAAGAAUCAGAUCCAGAUACUAAAAAUAAAGCAGCUAUGGCUAUGCAAAGCGUGUGGAGAGGGCAUUCGGCUAGAAAUAACUUGAAAUUUCGUGAAGAACAACGAAGAUUACUCAUAGGAAUGAACGAAUCCAGCUGGAAAUCAAAAAAGGAAUUCGAAAUUUUUGAGGCAAACCUGGAAAAACGUCGCGAUUACCGAGAUCAAAAGCUGAGAGAGUAUAUCGAUGCUAUCGAUAAUGAAAAAGCCAGAAUCCUAAGAGUCGUUGCUCCUGGUUUAUUUGAAGACAUAGAAGAUGAGAUCAGAGAAUGGUUUCACAGAUGGUACGACGAAGCUAGAACCUUCGACAAAUAUCCUGCUGAAGAAAAGGGUGGCACUAUUUUGGUAGUACGUGGUGAAACACUCACUCCAAAAGAAUAUCUAGACGAAUACGAACGAAAAAGAAGAGAAAAAGUGAAGGCGGGAGGUAAAGAUGCUCAAAAAGAGAAAGAAAAGAAAGAACGCGAAAAAAAGGCUAAAGCAGAGGCCGAAAAGAAGAAGAAAGAAGCCGAAAGGAAGAAAAAGGAAGCCGAGGCUAAGAAGAAGAAAAAGAAGAAUCCUGCAGAUUUUGAAUACGAGUAUGAAGAAACAUUAUCGAAGCCACUGAAAAAUAUGGGCGAAGAGGAUUUCGUAAAAAUCUGGAACGAUCGUAGUGACUUUGAUAACCCCAUGGAAACUCAUUACAUGGAUCUGAUAACGGAGAAGGAAUGCUACGAAACGCAGUUGCAAGUGCGGAAACAAGCAGACGAAUUGAUGAGAUUAGAGCUUGAAAUGCUUUUGGAGGCUUUGGCCAAAGACAAGGGUAAGAAAUACAAGCCAAAGAAACAGAAAAAAAGGAAGAAGGGCAAAAAGAAGGGAAAAAAGGAUAUCACUGCAAACCGGCUCACAGAAGACCUGUUUCAAGAACUGAUAGACAACGGAAUUAUCAGACAGUACUCCGCAGGACGUUUGGAUGACUUCAAGGGAGAUUUUAGUUAUAAAAACACGGAACUAAGGGCUCUAGAUUUCGAUCCCGCCGCUACUGACCUAGAUGUAAGGCAAGCGGUGGCUUUGAAUUGUAUCCAACCGCUGGGAGUUGAAGUAAUGAAGAAACCAAGAUCCGUUUUAAUUGUUGGUCCCCGUCAGAGCGGUAAACAUGUAUUAGCAAACGCCGUUUUCAAUCAUACACGAUGUGUCUUGUUUGAUCUGUCCCCUGAGGUGACAGCUGGUAAAUACCCAGGAGCCAAAGGUUUGGCUAUGCUGAUUCAUCUGGUCAGUAAAAUGUCAAAGUUGCUUCAACCUUCAAUAAUAUUCUUUAAUAAUGCAGAGAAGAUAUUCUACAAAAAAGUUCCCAAGGAUGAGAAGGAUUCGGAUCCAAAACGUAUAGGCAAAAAACUGACUAAAGGUAUUGUCAAAGCUAUCAAACCCGAUGAUAGAGUUCUUGUAUUGGGUAUAACUAGAGCUCCAUGGCUAGCACAAGCUGCUAAAUUAAAAAAAGCUUUUGAAAGAGCUAUUUUAAUCCCUAGACCUGACUAUGGUAGUGUCUAUUUGUAUUGGAGGGAGUUUUUAAGUCCUUACCAUCACGUUGAUCGAAAUCUGAACUUCACCAGCUUGGCAACAGUCACAGAAUAUCAACCUUACAGCGUUAUAAGGGAUGUUGUAGAAAAGGUAUUGACGCCUAGAAGAAUAAUUCAACUGAAGUACAAGCCUCUGACUGUCCAGGAGUUAUAUGAAGUUUUUGUGUCAGGUCAAAUUGAGCCUAUAACUGAUAAGGAAUGGAAAAAAUAUACUAAAUGGUACUCGAAGACACCUUUAGGCAAAGAAAGGGCGGCAUUCAAUAAAUGGGCUGAUGGAAAAAGAGACCUAGAGCGAAAACAACAGGCUAAGCAAAAUAAAGGAAUGAGAUAAAAAAUAAUUUCUUUACCCGGAAGUGGAAAGUUUGUUUCUUUCUCAGAAAUGAUUUAUUCAACGAUUUCUUUCAUUAUUUAGAUAAGUCGGGUCUAAUUAUAUCUGAAAUAAUUCAUGGAAACGAAGUUUGUCUUAUUUUCUUUUUGUGUUUUAAUCAAUUUUAGUUGAUUAUUUUGUUGUCUUCU